CUUAUUUGGUACUUGGCAGCAUCUCACCCAAAAAAAAAAAAAAACCUCGUAGAUCCAUCAGCAUGCACCACAGCAAAAUCUCCCAUUUCCAUUUCCACCUCCACUUUCCUCCUUUCACAAUAGCUAUUCCAAAUUACCAAUAUUAAUCAUCAUCAUCAUCAUGGUAGAGACUAUUCCAUCUCCACUCGCCAGUCGUUUCAAUUACCAGAGGCUUCACCUUAAACGCUGCGUUCCUGCUUUUUUGUCUUCUCACAAAAUCCUCUUCACUCUCCUUUGGAUCGCUGCCUUCGCUUCCGUCUUUCUAUGGCAACGCAAUGCCGUCCGUGGUGGUUUUGCCGCUUUCUGGCAUGGACCCGUCCGCCCCAUCCCCAAACUGCGUCCUGUGGCUUUCAAUUUGACCGAUUUUGGCGCCGUGGGUGAUGGCGUUACUCUGAAUACCGAGGCUUUUGAGAGGGCAGUUUCAGCAAUCUCGAAAUUGGCCAGGAGAGGUGGUGGCCAGCUUAAUGUGCCUCCUGGGAAAUGGUUAACGGCACCGUUUAAUUUGACUAGUCAUAUGACUCUUUUUCUUGCUGAGGAUGCUGUUAUACUUGGAAUCCAGGAUGAGAAGUAUUGGCCUUUAAUGCCUCCAUUGCCUUCAUAUGGGUAUGGGAGAGAGCAUCCUGGACCUCGGUAUGGAAGUUUAAUCCACGGUCAAAACCUCAGAGAUAUUGUUAUAACAGGACACAAUGGUACCAUAGAUGGACAGGGUCAAACAUGGUGGAAGAAGUAUCGCCAAAAGCUUCUCAACCACACUAGGGGUCCCCUUGUGCAGAUAAUGUGGUCAAGUGACAUUGUGUUUAUGAACAUAACACUACGCAAUUCCCCAUUUUGGACACUUCAUCCAUAUGACUGCAAGAAUGUAACAAUUAGGAAUGUUACAAUUCUGGCUCCCAUUUUUGAAGCCCCAAAUACUGAUGGAAUUGAUCCUGAUUCAUGUGAGGAUAUGGUAAUUGAAGACUGUUACAUAAGUGUGGGGGAUGAUGCAAUUGCAAUAAAGAGCGGAUGGGAUCAGUAUGGAAUUGCAUAUGGACGACCUUCAACGAAUAUUCUCAUCCGUAAUCUUGUAGUUCGCUCUAUGGUCAGUGCCGGCAUAUCAAUUGGCAGUGAGAUGUCAGGUGGGGUAUCAAGUGUUACCGUGGAGAACCUCCUUGUGUGGAGCUCAAGGCGUGCAGUUCGGAUCAAGACUGCCCCUGGAAGAGGUGCAUAUGUUCGAAAUAUAACCUACAGGAACCUGACAUUUGACGAUGUAAGAGUUGGAAUUGUUAUCAAGACAGACUACAAUGAACACCCUGAUGAGGGUUAUGAUCCAAAGGCUGUUCCAACACUCCAGGACAUAAGCUUCAGGGGAAUCCAUGGCCAAGGAGUUCGUGUGCCUGUUCGCAUACAUGGGAGCGAAGAAAUUCCAGUUAGGAAUGUGACUUUUCAGGAUAUGUCAGUGGGGUUAACUUACAAGAAAAAGCAUAUAUUCCAGUGCGCCUUUGUUCAAGGUCGUGUUAUAGGGACGAUCUUCCCUGCUCCAUGUGAAAACCUUGAUCGAUAUGAUGAGCAAGGAAAGCUGGUUAAGCUCUCUGUCUCCCAAAACAUAACAGACAUAGAUUAUGAUUUUUGACACGUCAACACAUCUCAACUCCCCCUAACCUUUCUGAAGGCCAAUGACAUUGUAUGACUGUAUCAGACAAGCCAUACAGAUGACGUUGGAGCAGUUCAGCUUCUUCUAUGGUGUUCUAAUGCCACCAUGUUUGCGCCAAUUUUAUAGCUUGCUUCAUUUGUAUAUACAGAUUUUCAUACAUUUCCAAGGUUUGUGAAAUGCAUAGCAUUACAAUUACAAUUACAAGAAAAACUAAAUCGUGUGGUUGUUCUACUGUAUAUGACAAGCACUGUGCAUGUUCUCUCAA